AACGUGCUCUGACGGGAGACCACAAGACGACAUGCCUAAAUUUUACUGUGACUACUGUGACACCUAUCUCACGCAUGACUCGCCAUCAGUGAGAAAGACUCACUGCAGCGGUCGAAAACACAAAGAAAAUGUGAAAGAUUACUACCAAAAAUGGAUGGAGGAGCAGGCUCAGAGCCUCAUUGAUAAAACAACGGCUGCAUUUCAACAAGGAAAGAUUCCUCCCACGCCUUUCCCUGGCGGCCCUCCCCCAGGUGGUCCCCCACGUCCAGGCAUGUUGCCAACACCUCCAAUGGGAGGUCCUCCCAUGAUGCCCAUGAUGGGGCCCCCACCUCAUGGAAUGAUGCCAGGCGGGCCAGGAGGGAUGAGGCCACCAAUGGGAGGACACAUGCAGAUGAUGCCAGGGCCACCACACAUGAUGCGUCCUCCUCGACCUAUGAUGAUGCCAGUCAGACCUGGUAUGAUGCGACCAGACAGAUAAGAUCGAACGGACUCCCUGUGUUCUUUGCUGCCAUGAACAGUCAUUGUCUUUUUAGGAAGCUUGUCUCUGCUAUGUAUUACAGCAGAUCAUUUGGGGUUUUGUUUAUGUUUGUUUUGUACCUUAGUCCCUGAUGAUUUAAUUAACCUGUAUGAUUCUUGACAGGGUAUUUAUUACAACUUCAGAUUUAAGCAGACUUUUCCAGAGCCCCUUUUCAGUCAGUUACCCAAUUUUAUGGCCAUUUUCUUUCACAGUCUUCAAAAUUAUAAGCCCUGUUUUGUUUUUGUUUUUGUUAUAAAACAAAAUCCGUCUCUCAGACAUACUGUUCAUUGUGCACAUCUAAAAGCGCAUAUUGUUGAUUUGACAUUAUUUUGUAAUUAGCUCCAUGUUUGCCUUUUGUAUAUCAGUCCCAUGUCAUCUUGUUUUUAUUCUACUGCAUUGUUUAGACAAAUAAACAUGAUUUCA